GAACUCCAUCGCUGUUGAGCUGGCUGUCCGCAUCCCUCAGCGACGACACCUGUCUCUCAACUAUCGCGUUUUUAUUCUACACACAGACCUUCUAAGUCUGAAUAUUUUGCCUCCAUUAAUUCCUAGAUGCUUAAAUCUAUUUAUUGAAGGAUCUGUUCUGCAGCAUCAAGGAUAACCCACCAUUAACCAUGUUCUACACCUGCGGACCCAAUGAAGCCAUGGUGGUGUCAGGCUUCUGCCGUUCUCCUCCUUUGAUGAUCGCUGGAGGCAGAGUGUUUGUCGUCCCAUGCAUCCAGCAGAUACAGAGGAUUUCUUUAAACACCCUGACACUGAAUGUGAAGAGUGAUAAAGUCUACACUCGUCAUGGAGUUCCCAUCUCUGUUACCGGAAUUGCGCAGAUGAAGAUUCAGGGGCAGAACAAGCAGAUGUUGGCUGCAGCCUGCCAGAUGUUUAUGGGAAAGUCUGAGCCUGAAAUUGCUCAGAUUGCCUUGGAGACGCUUGAGGGUCACCAGCGUGCCAUCAUUGCCCACCUGACUGUUGAGGAAAUCUACAAGGAUCGCAAGAAGUUCUCCGAGCAGGUCUUCAAAGUUGCCUCCUCUGACCUGGUCAACAUGGGGAUCAGUGUGGUCAGCUACACACUCAAAGAUGUUCAUGAUGAUCAGGACUAUCUUCAUUCACUGGGGAAGGCUCGUACUGCUCAGGUCCAGAAAGACGCUCGCAUCGGUGAAGCUCUGAACAAAAGAGAUGCUGUGAUCAGGGAGGCGCAUGCGCUGCAGGAGAAGAUCUCAGCUCAGUACAAGAAUGAGAUUGACAUGGCAAAGGCCCAGCGAGACUAUGAGCUCAAGAAAGCUGCUUAUGAUGUUGAAGUGAACACCAAAAAGGCGGAAUCUGAGAUGGCAUACCAGUUGCAGGUAGCAAAGACCAAGCAGCGUAUUGAGGAGGAGAAGAUGCAGGUGCAGGUGGUGGAGAGGACGCAGCAGAUCAUGCUUCAGGAGCAGGAGAUCACGCGCCGGGAGAAGGAGCUGGAGGCCAAAGUGAGAAAACCUGCUGACGCUGAGAAAUACAGGCUGGAGAAACUGGCCGAAGCUCAGCGUCUGAAGCUGAUCAUGGAGGCCGAGGCUGAAGCUGAGUCCAUCAGGAUCAAGGGUGAGGCUGAAGCGUUUGCUGUGGAGGCCAAAGGUCGUGCCGAAGCGGAGCAGAUGGCAAAGAAAGCCGAGGCCUUCCAGCAAUACAAAGAUGGAGCCAUGGUGGACAUGCUGCUGGAGAAGCUGCCUCUGAUGGCAGAAGAAAUCAGCAAGCCCCUGUGUCAAGCCCAGAAAGUCACCAUGGUAUCCAGUGGCAAUGGAGAUGUUGGUGCUGCUAAGCUGUCAGGAGAAGUUCUGGAGAUCAUGGCCCGCCUGCCUGAAGCUGUGGAGAAGCUGACCGGAGUCAGCAUUUCGCAGGUUAUUAAGAAGAUGGAAGAAAGAAGCUGGUUAUUGAAACAUCAGAUGGAGCAUGAUGAGCAUCACAAGAAAAAUAAAGCGCCACUCCCUCUGCCACAGUCCAGAGGUCAUGGACAGCAGUGUCUGCUGGAUCCUGUUCAUCCUUCUCAGCCACAAGCAGCCCACUUCCAGACGACCUUGGUAUCCCGACGACACCAGACCAGCAGUACUGUGACUGGGUCAUGAAGAGUAUAUAUUCAAGCGCCUCUUUCUGCUGCGGUCUUCUGAGAUUUGAUCUAGCAGUGAUGAUCUCAGUGUAAGCAGAUGUUUUUUGUAUUCACAGAUGUGUAUUGUUUUUCCUGCUGGUAUUGGCUUACAUGCAACAUUAGAACAAACUAACUCUUCUAAAAACUUUCCUGUUUUUGCAUCAUCUCCAGCAGGAAUAAAUUAAUGCAGGAAUUUGUACCUCAGUUGUAUCAAACUUUUUAUGCAGCAAAAAACUGCAGAGUGAUAUAUUUCCUCUAUUUGUCGUGGAUAGCUUUCCCACCAUUCUGUCUCUUAAUCCGAGUCUUUCAUCUCGCCUUCCUUCACUUAGCCCCUGAGUGUUUUUUAUCUUAAGCUGAUAUCUGAUACAAGGCACAAAGGCUGAUAAGCCUGUGAAAGUCACCCGUGUCACAAACCGGACAUGAGCGUGUCUAAUUGUUGCUUCACUCUGGCUGCAUCAAUGAUAUGUUUUCCCUCAUGUGUGCGUGCAUACGCACACACUCUGGGACCCCCUCUGACACACCCUUUUUUUCCACUGAGGACUUUUGGCUGACUUAGUUUGGCUGCUGCCCUUUGAUGUUUUGGGGCUGAUCAUUUAUUUAUCAGUUAUUGAUUCGGUUCACUGUCUACAUCAGAAGACACCAUCACUUCAGAGCACACUGACUGACACAUGAAAACACCUGACCCCGUUGUUUCCUUUGGGCCUAACCUUUCCACAGAGGACAAGCCUGUGGUUUUCCUCUGCUUGUUGUACCUGCAUCUCUCUGCACGGUGCUCACCAUUGUCUUGCCAAAAACUCUGUCGUCCUCAUCAUACAUUAAACAUUUUCGAUGCAGCGUCCUUUAUUUCCUGACAUCUGUGUACCAACCAUUCAUUUAGUUCUCCACCAGAACAUUGUUAGAUGCGUUGUCCUUGUCCACCUUUCCACGACCAUUUGGCUGUAAUUCUUUGUUUGUUGAAGGCCUCCUUUGACGAAGACGGACUCCUCCCUGCUCUGAAUAGGCUUUUGUAAAUACUGCCUUCAAAUACACACACAUGAACUCAAACAUAGACAUGUGUCUACCUGUGAACCUUAACCUUGAGUGUUCUUUGUCCUGUCCUCUAAUUACUUUAUCUUUAAUGCAAUGAGAUGGGCCAAAAGGUUGGCUGGUAAACUUCCAGGAGGUUAUAUUAAAAAAAAAAAAAAAGUAGUUUUCAUUGCAGUAGUGAGUAUUGAAGCUCUUUUUCUCUUUGUGACUCCUAAAACAGUUCCCCCUUCUCUUGUCUUCUUUCAAUUCUCCCAAAGAACCUCAGUCUCAUAUCAAUAUUUCAUACCCAAAACUUGGAAAAGAGCAUGUACUUUACACUUCAAAGACCCCAGUGGAUGUAUCCAUCCAGCAAUCGAUUCCACGCCACCCACUCCCAUACAUGCUAGCUCCCGCCAGGACAAAAGGUUUUACCAUCUUAUACGCACACACACACACACACACAAGCACCUUCUCCUCUCACACCCACUUGGAUUGUCAGAAUUUCCAAGCAUGCUUUCCGGAUGCCACCUGUCCCUCACAUCUUAGCUGCUAAGCACAAACACAGGUCAGAUGUUUUUCCAAUCAACGCAGCUGUGUGUGCUGCAGAGCAAUAAAAUGAUUUUGGGGUUGAGGGUGUUGAGGCUUUGAUGAGUCUAACACACCAUUGGACCCAUUUAUUUUUCCUCUCCAUAAAGGCCUGACAAAAUGCUGUUCAACUGUUAAAGGUCUGUGACUGCACCUGCUGACAAGAUCACACACACACACACAUACACACUGGUGAAGUGUUUUAAAUUGUCACAGUUUUGAACUAUCUUAAAUACUGUGGUGUUUUUACAGUGUGUGAAGUUGUAUCACAUGGUUGUCAUGUUCAAUCUGCACAACUUUUGAUCCUGCUGUUAUUGUUUUAGGAAGAUUGAAAUUUAUUGGCCUGAUCAGCCAUGCUUACAUGCUGUUGCUGUUAGUUCUUGUGAUAUUGACAGCCUGAAUUUCUGCUUAAAAGUCCUUGCCGCCCCUUUAUUUCACACUGCUUGUAGUGUGUGAGCCUUGUGGAUCACAUAUGUGCCUGUGCCUUCUUGCACUCUGUGUAAUUGCUUGGUUCCGACACCCUUGACUUUACGGCAUUCAAGUCCACAACAAAAUCCUUAUUCAUUGAUGGGCAACACUUCAGUUUGAAAAAAGACAAAGCAAAUAAGGAAAGGAGACAGUGGAAACUGGACGAGAGAGUGAUGAUGUGACUGAAGGCCUCGCAGUAGAAUACAAAGUCUCCUCUUGUUCUUGGGUCUUGGCAUGUCCCCCCCAAUUGGGGGUCAACAAUUUGCCACAGCUUUCAAGCUGUCUUGAUUCUUCGGAGCAGUUUUAUGUUUUUAAACAAAAUAGUCAAUAGUAUAGUCUCAUUGUUUUAAGUGCAAAUAUCCUGGCGCAUACCCUGAUUUCAGUUUUCAGUAUGAAAUGUGUUGACAAAAUAAUGGUUGCUGAGAUGAGAUUUUGACUGAGAUUUGACAUGGAUUUACCUUGUGUAUAUUGGAGGAUAUUCUAUUCUAAUUUUACUUUUAUGAAAUUACAUGCAUAAUUUCUGAGGAAUUCUUCGGGCAAUUAGCUUUGUAUGUCUUUGACAUACCUUUACACUGCCAAACCCACCUGAGCCUGUUUGUUAUGGGUGUGGUAGAAGUGUAUCAGCACUUGGUUCCACUGAAGGUUGGUGUUGAACUUAUUUGUUUGGUUGAUGACUUAAUACAGAGGGUUGAAGCUUGUGAGGAGACUGAGGAGGUUAACUGUUUCAACUCGAAUAUCUUAAACAUUUCAGACUAGAAUUGGACCUUUUCUAAGUCUUGCAUGACAGCACUUCCACAUCACUAUUAAUGAGUGCACGUGUUUUGCACAACCUGUUAUUUGCUCUAUAAAAAUUGCUCAGUAAAAUAUAAAUAAUAAUUUUAUUGAGGCCACAAAGAAUGAUUGCUUUGAUUAAGACUUUGAGGACAGGCUAGGAAAUUCUUGAUCC